ACUUAUCUGUGGCACAAAAAAAUGUCGUCGUCUUUCUGAAUAAUAUUGGAAAGGAAAACUAAAAUUGAUUGUUGUUUUUGUAAGAAACUGGAGAAUGUUGAUGCGAAAUUAAAAGGAAAAUACAACUGUUUAAUACGUGAUUGAAAUUGUAUAACUUCCACUCUAACCGGAACAGUAUAUUAUCCACCAUGACCUUAAAUAUUAAUAACCUCCGUAACGAGGGCGGCUUCGGUCCCCAACUGCGAGUAAUAUUGCCGCCUCAAGAUGGACAUUUGAAUGGAAACUUAGUGCCAGCAUACAUAGAGAUCACGAGCGCUACAGACAUCCCGCCGCCGCGUGCCGACUUCUCGGCGCCGCCGCCGUACGACGUGGCGGCGCACUCGAAGCUGCCCACCUACGAGGAGGUGCAGCGGGAGAAGCAGAUGGAGGGGGAGGGGCCGCCGCAGAUGCAGCUGCCGCCUCCCCCGCAAGCGUUCGCCGCGUUCGUGACGGUGGAGCCGACAGAGGGCGCGACCGAGACGCUCGACCCCGAGAACAGCCUGCUGGGGACUGACCUCAUGUUCCUCACCGCGUUCUUUGUGGCGUUCCUGUUCAACUGGAUCGGCUUCCUGCUGCUGAUGUGCUUCUGCCACACGGUGGCGAGCCGCUACGGCGCGCUGGCGGGUUUCGGCCUGUCGCUCGCCAAGUGGACCUUCAUAGUGAAGAACUCCACCGAGCUGGCUUCCCACGAGAACUCGUGGCUGUGGUGGCUCAUCAUGGCUUUCGGCAUCCUGAUUUGCGUCCGCGCCAUCAUCCAGUACCUGAACAUCAAGCGCGGCUGGCGUCUGCUCUCCGGCACGGCCCAGGAGCGACUCCUGUUCUUCUACUAAACACCGCGCUUAUAUACCCUCCGUCUGUCUCACUCACACACGCAUAGCGCUAUGCGACACGGUUGUGAGAGAAGGUUAGAUGUAGUUACCCUGUGACGUCUGUUAAUGUUACUAAUGCUUUAGAAAUACGGUUGGUGUAAGCGAAAAUUUAAAUUCGAUAUGUUUAAAUGUGGAAAGUUUAAAUUGGAAAUUUAAUAUAUAUUUAAAUGUGGAACGUUUAAAUGGAAAAUUUAAUUGAAUGUUAGAUGUCGCGGUUUCUGAGUGUUAGUAAUUCGUAUGUUUAAAAAAACAAAAUAGCUAAUCGCUAAAUGUUACACAAAAUUUAUAGGUUAGUUAUCCUAAGACAUUCUACUAUUAUGUAUGUAAGCACUAGAAUAAUUUAUACCAUUUUAUUUUCUCCAAUUGUGUUUAUUGCAUUUGUG